GGACUAACGGAAGGUAUACUUCAACAUUUGUAAAACACACACACACAUACACAUAGAAAGAUGAACGAAACAGCAAGUAUCUCCGUGUUGCCGGAAGUCUUCCUGUCGGAGAUACUAUCACUAACUUCACCUAGGAAUGCGUGCAGAGCUGCCGCCGUCUCCAAAGAAUUCAAGUCAGCGGCAGAUUCCGAUACCGUUUGGAAGCGAUUUCUGCCACCGGAUUACGACGAAGUCAUUGCGCAGGCGGUUUCUCCUGUGGCUUUUGACUCUCAAAAGAAAUUAUACCUCCACCUAUCGGACUCGCAUAUCCUCCUCGAUCGUGGCUAUCUGAGCUUCCAGCUAGAUAAAGAGAGUGGGAAAAAGUGCUAUAUGUUGGGAGCAAGAGAGUUAUCAAUUGCAUGGCAAGAUGACACUCGAUACUGGGAAUGGGGGCGUAUACCUGAAUCAAGGUUUCCGGAGGUGUGCAUACUUAGAGAAGUAUGGUGGCUUGGGAUCCACGGCAGAAUAGCAGCUGUAAUGCUGUCACCAAAGAGUACAUAUGUGGCGUAUCUUGUCUUUCGAACUACUGGGUAUGCCAGGGGACUUACUGUACCAGGAAAAACAAAGGAGAAAGGAUGGGUGGAUGGAGAUCACAUUGGGAGAAUUUGA